AUGGCAGCAAUGGAAGUAGAUGAAGCACAACCCGAGGUUCCUGCUGGAAAUCCUCAAGAACUGACAAAAAACCCUGUUGCUUUAAAAGAAGCCCAUGAACAAAUGGCCACACUGGACGUGCUAGUAUGUGGGCAGUGUCAUGCAGUUUUUCACUUUGUGGACGAGUUCAAAGAACAUAAAGAGACAAAUAACUGCACUGGAAAAUCACCAGUUAGAGAUAGUAGUGAAAGUAAGGCCCAAGUAUGGGCAUUCCUUUUAUGGAAGUGUUCUUCAACACGUGAAGGAUCAACAUCAGUGGACAACAGUUGGAAGUUGUACCAACAGUGGUGCCGCAUGCCAGAGGCACAGCGGACUGCGUGGAUCACUGCUGGCACUAAUGUCCAGGCACUAUCUAAGUUUGCUCACGCUAAAGUUAUCGAAAUGAAGUCUGAUGACCAACUUGUGCCUGUUCAAACUACACCCGGAGAUGUAAGGAGACGAGGUCGUCCAAGAAAAAUAAAACAGGAAGAACCAGAACCCCAACCAUCUGGAGAAGAAAGUGAUGAAAAGUCAUCACAGAAACUUUCAAGCCAGAAAUCAGUUUCUACAGCAACUAAACCUAAGGUAUCAUUUAAGGAUGACAAUGAAAGUGUUCGAGGUGCGCAAGAACGUGUGCCGGCCGCAGAUCGUAUCGCGAAACGCACGGAGCGCGAAGCGCCCCCUGGCGCGCAACUGCAGGAGUAUGUCGUUGAGAAGAUUCUCGCCAAACGGUUCAACCCAAGACAAAAGCAUUAUGAGUAUCUGCUCAAGUGGGAGGGAUAUCCGCAUGAACAAAAUACAUGGGAGCCAUUAGAAAACAUGGAGACCUGCAAGCAUCUUCUGGAGGCGUUCGAGAAACAGUUAGCGCGACAAAAGGAGUUGAAGGCACUCCGAGCACAGCAACAGGCAUUACAUCCUGUACAGGUUAAGCAAACAAGUACUCCCUUACCACAAGUUGUAAAGCAAUUGGUGAAGAAAAAUGACACUCCAGCUUUGACGCCUACUGGCCGUUUACAGAGGAGCAGCAAAGCGCGUGCCUUGGACCAAGUGAAGGCGUGGUGUGGAAGUGCUGAUGACGAACCCCCGGUGAAACGCGCGAGGGCGCAAUCAGACAACGAUUAUUCCGAUCCGGAUGAGCCUAAAUUGGACCUAAAGACCAUCAAUGGACAGCAGUCGCCCAAAGCCUCAGUCGACCCUGAACUGGUAAAGUCCCUGGGCCUGAGUGGAAAGGGAAUGCCUAACAUUAAGGGAGUCAUUAAAGUCGAUCCGAAGCAUAUGCCGAACUUGAGUACAGGUGUUUACAUAAUGUCAAAGAGUUCCGGUAUCAUGAAGAUAGAUUCGCCUGGAAAAAUUGGACCCGGUCUCAACAUAGACCAGGAUGUUAUCAAGAAGCAGAUAAUGGCAGCUAAACAGAAAAAAAUGGAGGAAAACAGAAAACAGUCGCCCGGCACGCCUAUUUCACAGAUAAGGAAAACGUAUGGGCCAUCCGGGCAACAUGUUACAGAGAAGACAAUAAUCACUCCGUCUGGGCAGAAGAUCAUACAGAGAACGAUACAACGGCCAAUCGGGGGUGCACAGUCGGGUGAUGGAAAAUCACCCGUCACUAUACUGAAUAAGAAAUUAGCACAGUCACAAAUCGCCGGUGAUAGCCUUCUACGGCGUGGUGGAUCGGUGCGCGGGCGUGGCCGUGGUAACUUUUCGCUCUCGCCCAACAUCAUGCGCGUCAAAGACAAAUCUGCACCUUUCGACAUCGAUAAGUGGAGCACCUCAUCGGAGUCGUCAGACGGCGUAGAGGAUCCGUUCCCUCAGGACCUGGGUCCGAUUCCGCCGACGAGCCCCGACCGGCCACUCACGCUAUGUCCCCUUACGGGCAAGCGCCUCGCGCGAGCUGAAAACGAGCCUACGCCGCCACCUACACCAUCACCACCGCCCACGCCGCCGCCAGAAACGCAGCCGGAGGGUACUAUGCUUAUGAAGGUGGAAAUGUCACCCGGUGGAACGACUGGAAUUGUAGUGCAAGGUGAAGGAGGCGCACAGCCCUCGUUACCGGUUCUAACAGAUGACGAUGGUACGGAAAUGAAGGUGGAGGCGAGUGCAGUCAAACAACUACUGGAGGAAGGUGUAGGCGUCGAGGACAAUGAAGAAGUGGGACUGCAACUCCAUUCGGGACACGCACCGAUCAUGAUUCGCGGCGAGGACGGAGUUCUUUAUCAGGUUGCUGGCGAGAACGAAGCGGGACAAACUUUGUUGGUGGCUGCAGAAGGCGUGGAGGGGGCGGUCGAGGGCGCGGUAGACGGAGAGGGAGAAGGAGUUAUGUAUGUUACGCGAGAGGAUGGACAGACAUUAUUAGUAUCGACCCAGGGAGUGCAAGGUGCCGUAGAGGGUGUGGAAGCGGCUGCCGAGGGUGAGGCGGAGGGAGUCACAUACGUAACCAGAAAUGAAGAUGGACAGGACGUGUUAACGAUAGACCCGACACAGCUCGCACAAUUAUUGCCUGGCGGGGAAGCUGGUGGCCUACAGCAGGUUGCUGUGCAGAUGGAAAGCGAAGGUGGAGAAGAAGCAACACAAGUUAUUGCACAGCUGGUGCAAGCGGAACUUCCUUCACCCGGUGGCACGCGGCGUGUAGUACUACUGCUACCAGACGGAACUCUAACGAUGACAGAAUUGGAUAAGGAGCAAUACGAAUCUAUCACGGAAGCGGGCAAAGCGCAUGAAUGA